GGGCAGUCUCCCCUGGACAAGCACUUUUUUUGUAAGUCCUAGGACUGAACUCCAGGACCAGGACUCUUCUCCCAGCCGCUGCGGCCCCCGCUCAGCGACAGGCCUUCCUUGCCAUGCGACCUGUCGGUGUCUGGCAGUGGAGCCUGUGGGGGCUGCUGCUGUGCCUGCUGUGCAGCUCGUGCCUGGGAUCUCCAUCCCCAUCCACGGCCCCUGAGAAGAGGGCUGGGAGCCAGGGGCUACGGUUCCGGCUGGCCGGCUUCCCCAGGAAGCCCUUCGAGGGCCGCGUGGAGAUCCAGCGGGCUGGCGAAUGGGGCACCAUCUGCGAUGACGACUUCACACUGCAGGCUGCCCAUGUCCUAUGCCGGGAGCUGGGCUUCACAGAGGCCACAGGCUGGACCCACAGUGCCAAAUACGGCCCUGGAACAGGCCGCAUCUGGCUGGACAACCUGAGCUGCAGUGGGACUGAGCGGAGUGUGACUGAAUGUGCCUCCCGGGGCUGGGGGAACAGUGACUGUACCCACGAUGAGGAUGCCGGGGUCAUCUGCAAGGACGAGCGCCUCCCCGGCUUCUCGGAUUCCAAUGUCAUUGAGGUAGAGCAUCACCUGCAAGUGGAAGAGGUACGACUUCGACCAGCCGUUGGGCGGGGCAGGCGGCCCCUGCCCGUGACCGAGGGACUGGUCGAAGUCAGGCUUCCAGGCGGCUGGUCGCAAGUGUGUGACAAAGGAUGGAGCGCCCACAACAGCCACGUGGUCUGCGGGAUGCUGGGCUUCCCUAGCGAAAAGAGGGUCAACGUGGCCUUCUACAGACCAAUCAUCAAGCUUAAAGCCAAACCCAAACCCCGAGUGGGCAGGGGGCCCAUCAAGAGGCUGCUGGCCCAGCGGCAGCAACACUCCUUUGGUCUGCAUGGGGUGGCGUGCGUGGGCACGGAGGCCCACCUCUCUCUCUGCUCCUUGGAGUUCUAUCGUGCCAAUGACACCACCAGGUGCCCUGGGGGGGCCCCCGCGGUGGUGAGCUGUGUGCCAAGCCCUCUCUACGCAGCGUCCAGUGGCCAGAAGAAGCAACAGUCGAAGCCUCAGGGGGAGGCCCGAGUGCGAUUAAAGGGUGGAGCCCACCCAGGAGAGGGCCGGGUAGAAGUCCUGAAGGCUGGCACGUGGGGCACAGUCUGUGACCGCAAGUGGGACCUGCAGGCAGCCAGCGUGGUGUGUCGGGAGCUGGGCUUCGGGAGUGCUCGAGAGGCUCUGAGCGGUGCCCGCAUGGGGCAGGGCAUGGGUGCCAUCCACUUGAGUGAAGUUCGAUGCUCUGGCCGGGAGCCCUCCCUCUGGAAGUGCCCCCACAGGAACAUCACAGCUGAGGACUGCUCCCAUAGCCAGGAUGCUGGGGUCCGAUGCAACCUGCCCUACACUGGGGUGGAGACCAAGAUCCGACUCAGUGGGGGCCGCAGCCGACAUGAAGGGCGAGUCGAGGUGCAAACAGGAGGACCUGGGUCCCCUCGCUGGGGCCUCAUCUGCGGGGAUGACUGGGGGACACUGGAGGCCAUGGUUGCCUGCAGGCAACUCGGACUGGGCUAUGCCAACCAUGGCCUGCAGGAGACCUGGUACUGGGACUCAGGGAAUGUAACAGAGGUGGUGAUGAGUGGAGUGCACUGCACAGGGACUGAGCUGUCCCUGGACCAAUGUGCUCAUCAUGGCACCCAUGUCGCCUGCAAGAGGACAGGAAGCCACUUCACUGCUGGAGUCAUUUGUUCUGAGACCGCGUCAGACCUGCUGCUGCACUCGGCACUGGUGCAGGAGACCGCGUACAUUGAGGACAGGCCCCUGCACAUGCUGUACUGCGCUGCCGAAGAGAACUGCCUGGCCAGCUCGGCCCGCUCAGCCAACUGGCCUUACGGCCACCGGCGUCUGCUCCGAUUCUCCUCCCAGAUCCACAACCUGGGACGCGCUGACUUCAGGCCCAAGGCUGGGCGCCACUCCUGGGUGUGGCAUGAGUGUCAUGGGCAUUAUCACAGUAUGGACAUCUUCACUCACUAUGAUAUCCUGACCCCCAACGGCACCAAGGUGGCUGAGGGCCACAAAGCUAGUUUCUGUCUAGAAGACACCGAGUGUCAGGAGGAUGUCUCCAAGAGGUAUGAGUGUGCCAACUUCGGAGAGCAGGGCAUUACUGUGGGCUGCUGGGACCUCUACCGGCAUGACAUCGACUGCCAGUGGAUCGACGUCACAGAUGUGAAGCCAGGAAACUACAUUCUGCAGGUGGUCAUCAACCCCAAUUUUGAAGUAGCAGAAAGUGACUUCACCAACAAUGCAAUGAAAUGUAACUGCAAAUAUGAUGGACAUCGCAUCUGGGUGCACAACUGCCACAUUGGUGAUGCCUUCAGUGAAGAGGCCAACAGGAGGUUCGAACGCUACCCUGGCCAGACCAGCAACCAGAUCAUCUAAGGUGCCACCACCCUCCUCUGCAGACCACAACUGGCCCCCAAUGGCAGGGGUCUGAGGCUGCCAUUACCUCAGGAGCUUACCAAGGAAUCCUUGACGUCAGCAGGCCCACAGCGCUCAUCCACUGUGCACUGUGGGUGUAGAACUGUCAAGCAGAAGUUACUGCCCUCCUGACGCCAGCUGUCUGGAUCUGUGGCCAGGCAUGGGGAAUUUUGCUCCCAGGCCCAGCACGAAACUAAGCACGCCACCAAGAGGCGCACCUGAUUGCCCGCCCAGAAAAACAGACAGCAACAGCUCGUUUUCUUGAAUAGGGAGGUCAGAAUGGUCAACUCCAGUAUCUCCUCUCAGUUCAGGGAGAUACGGCUUUACCUCUAGCCUUUUUGUGGGGGCGAAAGAGCAGUGCGCCACCCUUCCCCUCGUUUUUGAGUAUAACAUGUUGCUAGGUGUAAUUUUAUUUUAUAUAAAAAGUGUUUUUGUGAUUC